GGUAGCGUUUAGGUGUUUCCCCCCAACACAGGACUGUCAACAAAGAUGGACUCAACAAAAAUAACGCCGGGCGUCUACACGUGCCAGACGUGCAACGCGCUGUUCACGUGUCUGGACUACUAUCAACAACAUCGUCGCAAUCACGCCGAAUGCGAUGGCAUUAAACUAUUGACUUGUAGUCACUGUCCGUAUUCAAGUGAUAAAGAGUUUCACUUCAAUUGGCAUAUGAUGUCACACACGGGACGACCGCCACAUCGGUGUCAAGUGUGUAGCAAACCGCCGCUGUCGGUGACCACGUCAACGACCAAUACGAAUACAGCCAACAACAACACCGCCUCAUCGCCCAUCAAAUCCGAACCCAUCAGCAUAUCAGACGACGAGCCGUCCGCAUGUUAUAUGGCCGGCAAACGAUCUGUGGCGACGGCCACCACCGAUGAUCUGUUAUUAUCGUCGAGCAUACAGUCAACACAGCAGAGCUCGUGUCGCAUGACAUCAUCCAAAAACAUUAUGACUACGACGACAACUGCACCGCACAGUGACUACACAAACAACUUUUAUAAUUUAAAAACAAUCGAUGCGUCCGAUCUGAUGGACAACAAAUACGGCAACUCUUCCGGUGAUGAAGAGGAAGAUGAUGAAGAAGAAGAAGAAGAGGAGGAGGAGGAAGAAGAAGAAGAGGAGGAAGAGGAGGAGGAAGAAGAAGAUGACGAUGAAGACUGUAUGGUUCCCAAUGAUUGUAACGGUGAUGGCGGUGGUGGAGGAGCUGUUCUUGAGUCAGCUGAUGAGGACGAAGAAGACGAAGAGGAAAGUGAUGAAGAAGAAGAGGAUGAGGAACAGGAGGAUGUGUUUGGUGUGGACACUGGUGUACCAAAUUUGACAAUUAGUACUAUUAAUAAUAAUAAUAAUAGUAAUAAUAAUAAUAAAAGAGUGAAAACUAGUGAACUGUCCACAACCGGUGACGUCACCGGUACCCCAAAGCCCAGAGGCCGUGGAAAAGGCAACCGAAAGUCACGCGUCGUUAAUGCAUUUUUUGACGGCACGGGUGUCGGCGACACAUUGGGCACCGGUGUCGAAGUUACCCGAAGAAAGUUUCAUUGUUCUCAUUGUGGUAAUGGUAAAAGUUUCAAAACGAAAAGCCAUCUCCAAAGGCAUAUCCUGACCCAUACCGGCGAAAAGCCCUACCAUUGUAACCGAUGCGGUAGUAAAUUCAAUCAAAGCUCAUCCCUACGCAAUCACAUCAUCGCAAUCCACACGAAAGAGUAUCCUCACUACUGUCCCACGUGUAACAAGGGUUUUCUGAUGCCCGCACUGUUACAGAAGCACGUGGCCACCAGUCACAAGUCUAAAUGUUGACACCACUUGACCAUCAUUAUCCAUACCCCCCCUCCCACAUACACACAUCACACCCAUACAAACUAUGUGAGAAACAUACACUUAACAUAUAUUUCAAACACAAAUAACAUACCGUUUCAUCAAAAAUAUAAAAUAAUUAAAUGAUAGUUAAGUGAUGUCUGCAUUUGACGACUAAAUUGCUUGAAUU